UCAUUUCGCAUUUACCAUAGAAAAAACAAAUUUCAUAAGUAUCUUUCCAUGAUUAUCUAUCGUCUCCUCUCUGUCCUUCGAUACACUCCACCCUACCCCACUCCCAUAGUGUUUGAAUAGAUUAUACACAAAUACUUAUGGUCUUAAAUGAGAAGUUUAAAGUUAAAUUGUUACUUAUUAAAUAUAGGAACGAGUUAUUCUUUUGAGACUGACUGAUGAGAAAAAGAAAAGAAACUCACAUAAAUUUGGACGGAGGAAGUAUUAUAUUCAAUGGGGUCAAUUUGUCUUAUACCAUUCAUCUUGUACAAAUUAAUGGACAACAAAAAGGAAUUUUUUUUAAUACUAAGCUGUUCACAGAACAUUCUUGAGAUCAUCAGUAGAAUAUCACAUAUAAACUCAUCAAAUUUUGCAGAUUUAACACAAUCAAGAAUGGACUUAAUCAUGUUUAUUGUAAUGUUGUUAGUGUUGGUUUUAGUAGUAGUUUUAUUAGUUCUAUUAAGAACAAAUAAGGUUUCUCCAAAAGAAAUGGAAGCAAUUCCAGGUACCUUAGGAUGGCCUAUUAUUGGAGAAAGUCUCUCUUUCAUAUCCGAAUUUUCGAGCCCUGCUGGUAUAUACAGCUUCAUCAACAAGAGACAGAAACUGUAUGGGAAGGUGUUUAAGAGUUAUGUGUUGGGAAGGUAUACGGUAUUCAUGACCGGAAGAGAAGCAAGCAAGAUCUUGUUGACAGGUAAAGAUGGGAUAGUGAGCUUAAACCUUUUCUACACAGGACAGCAAGUACUUGGACCUACUAGCUUGCUCCAACAGACAGGAGAGGCGCACAAGAGACUCCGAAGACUAAUUGCUGAACCACUUUCUGUUGAUGGUUUGAAGAAGUAUUUUCAGUUUAUCAACAGUUUAGCUAUUGAAACAUUGGAUCAGUGGUCUGGAAGAAAAAUUUUGGUUCUUGAAGAAACUUCCACAUUUACACUGAAGGUGAUAGGCAACAUGAUAAUGAGUUUAGAGCCAACUGGUGAGGAGCAAGAGAAAUUUCGAACCAAUUUCAAGAUUAUUUCUGGCUCUUUUGCUUCUUUACCCUUUAAAGUCCCGGGAACUGCCUUUUAUCGUGGCAUUCAGGCGCGUGAUCGAAUGUAUGCUAUGUUAGACUCGAUAAUUGACCAACGGAGGAGUGGGGAAAACAUAAAACAAGAUUUCUUGCAAUCCCUGGUGAAGAAGCACGGCAAAGAUGCACCCGAAGGAGAUGAUGACAAACUCACAGAUAAACAACUUAAGGAUAACAUAUUGACGCUUCUAGUUGCAGGCCACGAUACUACAACUGCCGCUUUAACAUGGCUCCUCAAAUUUCUUCAAGAAAAUCCUGCUGUAUUGGAACGACUAAGAGAGGAGCAUAGAGAAAUCCAAGCUCAAAAACAAGGCACGUUAGAUCUCACCUGGUCUGAAGUCAACAAUAUGCCUUACACCGCCAAAGUAAUCAGUGAAACACUUCGAAUGGCCACAAUCCUUCCAUGGUUUUCAAGAAAAGCAGCACAAGAUUUUGAGAUUGAGGGGUGCAAAAUCAAGAAGGGAUGGUCACUUAACUUGGAUGUAGUGUCUAUUCAUCGGGACCCCAAAAUAUUUCCUAAUCCGGAGAAGUUUGAUCCUUCUAGAUUUGAUGAUCCUCUAAAACCUUUCAGCUUCCUUGGAUUUGGAAGCGGACCACGCAUGUGUCCUGGAAUCAACUUAGCCAAACUAGAAAUUUCUGUCUUUCUCCAUCAUCUUGUCUGCAGAUACAAAUGGACACCGUUAGACACAGAUGACUCUGUCCAGCCAACACUUGUUAGGAUGCUGAAGAACAAGUAUCCCGUCAUGGUUGAGCCACUUUAGAUAAUGUCUUUUACAUUGUACUACAAAAAGAAGAACUAGACCAUUUUCAGAUUUAUAGGAUAAUGUAAGGAAAAAUAACCAUGGUGCUGUAGUUGUUCCUAAAGAUCCAGUGUUAAAUUGAAAUAUAAGUAUGGAAUGAUUAAAUAUUUGCAGUCAUGAUA